GGCCAGCCCCGAUGCCAGAGCCCAGCCGUGGUGGGGGCGGGGGCCAGGGAGACGGUUCCCAGGGCAGCCUGGCCUCUCCCAAGCUCCUGCCCGAGGCUGCGGGGAUGGACAUGUAUUGAUCCGUUCAUCCAUCGAUGCACGUCGGCGGCUGUUGUGAAUCACACUGCUGCGGCCGUGUGUCCCGGGAGUGCUUGGCCGCCUCCUUCGAGCCUUGGUGGCCUCAUCGGUGCGAUGGCGCUGCACCUAGCACCUGCUUCAGUAAAUGUGUGAUCAGGAGAGCAAGCUCGCCCAUCCGGCUCACGGACGCCGGGAGUGGGUGCUUUGUGACGCGGCGAGGGCAGCCGGGACAGGACCCCGCGCCCACCCCGAGCUCUUCCAGGGACCCCGCAGCCAGCAGCGACUGGACGAGGACCCUUGAGGGCGCGGCCCCUUUAAGGGGGGGCGUGGCCCCGCGGGGAGGAGCGGGCAGGAGCCAGGGGAGGCAGGAAGUGUGCGUCACGUGCCCGGGGCGGGGCUCCGCCGCGACCGGAAGCGGAAGUGGCUCCUCGGCGGCGCCCGCGGUUCUGCUGGCGCGCGGGCGUGAGGAGGGCCGGGGGCGGGGCGAGCCCGGGGGGCGGGGCGGGCUUCCCCGGGAACGGGGCUCCGGCGCCGUGUAG